GCCGUGGACAGCAACCCCCUGUCUCUGUACGUCAUGCAUCCCUUCUGGAACACCAUAGUGAAGAUCUUCCCUACCUGGCUGGCCCCAAAUUUGAUAACGUUUUCUGGCUUCCUGCUGCUUGUCUUCAACUUCUUCCUCAUGGCAUACUUCGACCCUGACUUUUAUGCUUCUGCUCCUGAUCACCAGCAUGUUCCGAACGCAGUGUGGGUCAUUGUGGGUCUCCUCAACUUCAUUGCCUAUACAUUAGAUGGUGUUGAUGGGAAGCAGGCUCGCCGGACCAACUCCAGCACGCCCUUGGGAGAGCUCUUUGAUCAUGGCCUGGACAGCUGGGCAUGCGUGUUCUUUGUUGUGACAGUCUACUCCACCUUUGGACGAGGCUCCACGGGUGUCAGUGUCUUCGUUCUCUAUCUCCUCUUAUGGGUGGUCUUGUUUUCAUUCAUCCUCUCCCACUGGGAGAAGUAUAACACAGGGAUUCUCUUCCUGCCCUGGGGAUAUGACGUCAGCCAGGUGACCAUUUCAAUUGUCUACAUAGUGACAGCCAUUGUGGGAGUUGAGGCCUGGUAUGCACCUUUCCUGUUUAAUUUCUUAUAUAGAGACCUAUUCACUGCAAUGAUUAUUGCUUGCGCCCUCACUGUGACACUGCCGAUGAGCCUCUAUAACUUCUACAAGGCCUAUAAAAAUAACACCUUGAAGCACCAUUCGCUGUAUGAAAUCAUGCUGCCACUGGUAUCCCCAGUGCUGCUUUUUCUGCUCUCCACCACCUGGAUCUUCAUGUCCCCGACAGACAUCCUAGAGGUCCAUCCCAGGCUCUUUUAUUUCAUGGUUGGAACGGCCUUUGCAAACAUUUCUUGCCAGCUGAUCGUCUGUCAGAUGAGCAGCACCCGCUGCCAGCCUCUCAACUGGAUGCUGCUGCCCAUAGCAGUGGUGCUCCUGGUGGUGAUGUCCGGCUUCGUGCCCAGCAGCGAGACUCUUCUCCUCUACUUGCUGACUGCUUUCCUCACCCUGGCACACAUCCACUACGGGAUGGUUGUGGUGAGCCAGCUGAGCAGGCACUUCAACAUACGGCCCUUCUCGCUAAAGAAGCCCACGCCAGAUUGACUAGGAGUGGAGGAAGAGAAAAUCAGCUUGCGGUCUGCAGAAGUACUGUAAAUAACUGCUGCAAAUACCUGUAAAUACUUCAACCAUCACCACAGAUCUAAGCCUAUCCUCUGGACAGACAUCAGGACAAAGCACGCACGGAUCCGCUGCAGCCAGGGCAGGACUGGUACGGAGCAGCCCCGGUGGCUGUUUGACGAGUGCAAGCUUUUGGUUUUGGGUGAAACUGGACGAGGAGGGUAGCCUUUUGGGUCACGGUUACUGUAAAUUAGACCAGCUGAAUGUUCCCAGAGAAACCUCAGACUCCAGCUCUUGCUCAGUUAAAGCUGGUUGGGGAUGCAAUUG